CAAAAGUGAUUAGGAGAAGUGUACAAAAUUUGGGCAACCAGAAAACAAAGGCAUUCAUUACUUUCAUGAAUUCCCAACUAUCCCUAAACCUUAGUCAACAAUUUUUCUAACCCCUUCACUUUCUUUCCUCAAAAGAAAUGCUAAAGUAGUAAAGCUAAAAAGAAAAAGGAGGGAAAAAAAAAAACAAUUAGAUAUAACACCCAAACACCCUUAAAUCCCCUCAUUUCCCCUGUAUUUUCCUCCUCCUAUGUUCAAUCUUGCUAAAAAUUUGAUAAUACCAAUAAAUAUUUCAAUUAUUUGAGAUAAUAUUAUAAACAAUCUUAUGCAAUUUCUAGGAAAACCAAAACCAUUGUUACCUUACAUGAACAUAGAAGACUGUUCUCUAAGGUUAUGCACCACAAACUGCCCUAAAUGGUGUGAUGGUAUUUUCAUACCGUUAACUCCACCACCACCACCACCUCCAUUUUCUUUCCCUGAAGAAAACUCUCAACUUAGCCCAACUUUCUCACCUCUUGUAAUUGCAAUCAUUGGAAUUCUUGCAAGUGCUUUUCUUCUAGUAAGUUACUAUGCCUUAAUCUCCAAGUAUUGUGGAAAAAACAACAACAACAGGGUUAAUCAGCUUUCGAGUAAUAAUGGAGGAAUAAUUGUUGAUGAUGAUUAUGAUGGUAAUGGUAACCAUCAACAUGAGCCAUGGUUUGUUACAACAACUGGGUUAGAUGAAGGUUUGAUUAAAAGUAUCACCAUUUUUAAGUACAAAAAGGGUGAUUGUUUGAUUGGAAGUAGUGGUAGCAGAAAUGGUGAAAGUGAUUGUUCUGUUUGUCUUGGUGAGUUUGUUGAAGAUGAUGAUUUAAGGCUUUUGCCUAAAUGUAAUCAUGCUUUUCAUGUUAGUUGUAUUGAUACUUGGCUUAGGUCUCACUCUAAUUGCCCUCUUUGUCGCGCUAAUAUAAUCUCCUCAGCUUCAUUAGUGGUUGCUAAUAUUGAUAAUAAUAAUAAUAAUAAUAAUGGUGUUCAAGUUCAAGAUCAUAAUGGUGUGUUAGAAAACCAGGGUCAAAGUGAAGAAGGGAGUGAUUUUCUUGUAGAAGAAGCAAGUGGGAAUUUACCAAAAACCCCAUUUCGAGCUUUGAGUGAUCUUGGUGUUAGAGGUUAUGGAGGAGAGGAUACAAUGAGAAGGUCAAUUUCCAUGGAUCAUAGAUAUGAAGCUCGAGUUUCAAUUCCUGAUCAAUAUCAUGAUCAAUCUUUGAAAAGGGUAGCCGGUGAAAGCAGCAAGUUUGGUGUUUGUAGUGGUGGUAGUGGUGGUGGUGGUAGUAGUAGAAGGGUGGUGUUGCACGGUGUUUCGAGUGGUAGAUUUUUGUUCAGUAAACAUGGCAGAGGGAAAAAUGCAGUGAUAAUUCCUCUAUAAUGAUACAGUAUUACAGUAUAUCACACCCCAAAACAAAUGUAAGGGAAAAAGAAACUUUUUUCAGAUUGUUAAGAAUUGUAAGAAUUAUGAUUUUGCAGAUUGUCUUAUACUAAUUAAUUUGUUUGAUGUAAUUUAGAUGAUUAGGACUGAAAACCUUGUCUUAGAAUUAUUUUUUCUUUCCUGUUUUUUUUUUUCACUUAUAAUUUUGAUUUUAAUGGGAAGUUGGAUGACUUUCCUGAUUGUGACCUGCACACCUUGUUUAUAUGAAUAUAUUGUUUUAGGCAUUUUCA